UUUAUCAGUCUUCAAUAUUGGACCAAACUAUUACAUAUAGGCAGGUGAUACAGGUAUAACGUCAUAAUCACUCAAGCAAUUAAUCCCCAAUUAAGGACCCUAAUUAUGUUGUCAUAAGCUGUAGGCAAAAUGGGAUGUAGACACAAUGGUACUAAUCCGACAAUAUAAGAUUGCUAUGACAUCCUUCAUCAAAAUAUAUUUUUGGGGGCAGUUUUGAUUGGUUUAUAUUGAUACUAAUUAAUAUUGGUUAUACUUGUUGUUAUAUCUUUUAAUUUGUCUGUCGAAACUCUCUCUUGCAUUUGGCGCCUGUUAUAAUUUAGUAUUGCCUGCAGCAUUGGUUUUAAAUCAGUAACAACUAUUUAAUUACAAUAUUCCAUUUUACAGGGAUCAGAUGAAAAGAAAGAAAUCGCCAACUUCUCCGUACAGUCACGGAGUAACAUGUCUAACACUUCCACGGUGAUACGUUAUCUGACAACUCUGACAGAACAAAUCCUGGACAGACAGACAAAUCUGAAAUUCCAUCCUGUCACAGUUGUCUUCGAUGAAUCUGACAAAAUGGAAGGUCUGUCUUUGUGCAUAAUGAACAACAUCAUGUCUGGAGUUUCCUUUGACAAGCGAGUUGAGAUAUUUAACAACGUCAGAAGACUCCAGUCAAUGCUGUCAAGUGUCCAAUUACCAGUGAAUGACUUCAAACUGUUCUGUGACUUUCCGUUUGCUCAACUCGAAGCCACAGGCAUGUAUGCCAACGUGUGAACUGACUGGUGUAAAGAAGUGGUGAAUAAUGACAAUAGUGGUUGAAUACUUAACAGAACUAUAUCAAGUUCAGAAAUAACUAAGUUUGUGUUGUAUAUAAUUCUGCAUAUACCAUGACGAUAGUAGGAAAAAUGGCAAAUAAAAAAAUAUAGAUUUAUACUAUUGUAUACUAAAUACAAAUUCCAUAGUCCAAGGGCUAGGUAGGGUCUUCGUGUAACCCCCCCCCCCCCCCCACCACCACCACCACACACACCCACGCGCGCGCUCGCCCACACACGCACACACACGUCACACACACACACACACACACACACACACACACACACACACACACAUACACACACAAACACACUACAGUAUGUUUUUAAUUGCCUUAAUAUGUCCUGAACAUGAAACGAACCAGUAAACAGUGAAAACAAUUGGGAUCAAUUACUCAUUUGCCACUAGUGUUUGAGGUACCCUAAAUAUGUACUUGCUUUCGUAUAUAUAUAUUUUUUGCAUUCGUUUCUCACAGACGUUAUUUUAUCUCACGCUUUCUUUCCCACUUGUGGUCCGCUAUUGAUGUAAUAAAAUAUGUGUGCUAAAA